AGCACCAAAUCAGCAUUUGUUUUACAUAUAUUGCUACUUAAAUUAACAUUUUCAUUUUGCUGGUCAAAUACUCAAAUUCACUUGCAAUGUUUAGAAGAGCUUUCAUUGAGAAUGGAGAUACCUCCAACAUUGAAGUUAUAAUAUCAUCAGAUCGUAUUUCCCCACAAACUCAGGAGCCAAUAGUUCACACAGGGGCGGAACAGAGUUCCUUAAAACGAGAAUUGUACGCAUUUGCCUUCCAAAAUAUGUGGUGCCAAGCAAAAUCCAUUUAUGAUAAAUUUCCUGAUAUGGUACGUGUUCCCUUGAAUUCAAGUGGAGAUACAGCUCUUCAUGUUGCCGUGAGCGCAAACAACACUGAUUUUGUGAAAAAGCUUGUGAAGUUUGAACACUUGACCCCAAGAGACCUGGAAAUACCAAAUGCAGAGGCAAACACGGCGUUUUGCAUGGCUGCAAUUACAGGAGGCUGUGAAUUUUUACAAAUUAUGAUUGAAAAGAAUGACAAGUUGCCAUUGAUCCCUAGGAACGAUGACAAGAUGCUUCCAGUUCACUUGGCCACUUUAACGUGCUACCAUGAAAUUGUGCAAGAUUUGACAUCUGAGAAUCUAGUUCAGAGAAUGCAGCUCAAGGAUAUUGAGCGACUCCUUUUCAUGGCCAUUAAUUGCAGCAUGUAUGGUAAGACUACGAUUCUCUAAGAGCAUCUCCAAUGUAAGGUUCUUAGUUCUUAUUUUUGAGUUAAGAACUAAGAACUAAGAACUUUACCAUUGGAGGUGCUGACAAGGAGCUCUUAGUUCUUAAAAGGCUUAAUUGCAACUUUGGUCCCUGACGUUUACAAAAGUCACGAUUUUGGUCCCUCACCUAAUUUAAUUACAUAAAUCGUCCCUCACCUAACACUCUGUGAGCAACGUUAGUCAUUUUGUCAAUUUGCUAACGGAAGAAGGCUGAGGUGGAUUAAUAAUCUGACGUGUACGACACUGGGGAGUGAGAGAGAGUCACAUGGUAAAAGUGUUCCGUGACAAUCGGGUCGUCCUCCUCGCCGGUGUCCGUGCCGUAGUCGUCUUCCGUGAAGGUGAUGAGAACUUUCUGCUGCAGUGUACGGAGGGAGUUAGGACGAGGCCUUCCAGCGGCUGACAUGAUAACUCGAGUGCUCUUCUUCCGACUGUUGUUUGAUGGUCCACCUGCUGCCCAUCCUCCAGCAAUCGAUCCGACGUCGACCAGAUUGGUCUCGUGUCGUCGUCGUACGUCAUCUUGGUCCCGCCGUUCUGGAGAUCGGCGCUGAUCCGGACUUCUACGACGUUCGGGACUCCUGCGUCGGUCGGGGGUUCUAUGACGGGGACUCCUUUCUCGAGGGGGUGUACG